GUGAACGUGAACUCCCGAACGCGACAGGGGCUUGAUGUCUCUCCGUCCGGCUGAGCAUCCUUGCCCUGGCAGCCUGCCAUGCGCCUGCACAGCUGACCACGAUCAGUUGGAACCGCCGCAUGUUGUGUUGAUGUUGUGCCUGUGAACGUUUCCAUUAUCUCUUCCUGUGUUUUUGCUGCUGUACAUAUAUCUCUUUUUAUUUACGUGAUAAUCACCGUGUUCAAUUGGGACACACGUAGUUUUCCAAUUCCCGUCGCGUCGCCCAAGAUGAAGCUCUCAACAUUCGCCGUUACGGCGGCAGCCGUGCCGGGUGCGCUGGCUUGGGGCGGCUUCGGGCACAUCACCGUCGGCUACCUAGCCAGCAACUUCGUGUCGCCGGCGACGACGACCUACCUCCAAGCACUCCUGCGCAACGACACGGGCGACUACCUCGCCGGGGUCUCGACCUGGGCCGACUCGAUCCGGUACACCAAAUGGGGCCGCUUCACCUCCGACUUCCACUUCAUCGACGCCAAGGACGACCCCCCACAAUACUGCGGCGUCGACUUCGAGCGCGACUGCAAGAAGGACCGCGGCUGCGUCGUCAGCGCCCUGCACAACUACACCACGCGCAUGCUGGACGUCGCCGGCGAGCUGCCGCCCUGGGAGCGCGCCAUCGCGGCCAAGUUCGUCGUCCACUUCGUCGGCGACAUCCACCAGCCGCUGCACACGGAGAACGUGGCGCGCGGCGGCAACGGCAUCCCCGUGCUGUUCGACGGCCGCCGCUUCAACCUGCACCACGUGUGGGACACGAGCAUCGCCGAGAAGCUGGUCGGUGGUGUCCGCCGCCGCGGCCCUUACCCGGAGGCCAAGCGCUGGGCGGACGAGCUCACCCGCGAGAUCAACGACGGCAAGUACGCGACCGACCGGAUUGAUUGGUUGAGGUCCGCCAACUUGUCUGAUCCUGUCGCUACUGCGAUGGCUUGGGCGUCUGAGGCGAAUGCCCAUGUCUGCACCGUUGUGUUGCCCGAGGGCCCGAAUGCCAUCCGCGGCCAGGAGCUGGGAGCAGAAUACUACGAGGCCGCGGCGCCGGUGAUCGAGGUGCAGGUAGCGAGGGCGGGAUACCGCUUGGCUGCAUGGCUGGACUUGAUCGUCUCGAGCCUGAAGACCGAGUCACUGUCAGAAGAUCUCUAACCAACACCGCUAUUAUUGUUUUGCCCAGGCGGCGUUGGCGAUCUUAGAAUGGCACGAUGGGAGCCGAUCCCCUCCCCGCGGGACGGUACCUAGUUGCAGUGGAGAGCGAGCCGCCCAUCUUGGCUCUUGAGGCGGUUCACGU